AUGGUAGAGGAGGCAAGGAAAUACCUACAGGACAUCAUGGCCCAAGUGAACGGCCUCUAUUGCAUCCUCAUCACAGACAUAGACGGCGUUCCCCUAGUCAAAGUCAGCUCAGAUAAAACGCCAGAACAUGCAACAAGACCCAACUUCAUAUCAACUUUCAGACUGGCCAUAGACCAGGGAAGUAAAUUGGGGCUGGGCAAAACGAAUACUCUGAUUUGCUGUUACUCCCAGUACCAAGUAGUGCAGAUGAACAAGUUGCCAUUGAUUGUGUCCUUUGUAGCAAGUGAUUCUUGCACUACUGGACACAUACUGGCUUUGGAGAGCCAGCUGGAUCCCAUAAUUGAACAACUGGCAUUGGUGGUAGGAGAAGCAUAG